GCCCUUCCAUUACCGUCACAGUACUAGCUACAUUUUAUAUCUUCCAACGCACGCAGAGCCUCGCAGACUUUGAGAGAAUCAUGUCUGUCUAUGAACCGGACGGGGUACGCAAACUGCUAUCAAUGCUGGAGCCAAAAGACACACAGAAAAAAUUCGAGGCAAACUGGAAAGAUGCGGUAUGCACUGGCAUGCAGAACUUCGCAUAUUGACAUUGACCUGUUGCGCUAUAGGUGAAAAAACGUGUUGGGUCGUGGACAGGACAUACCGAGCGCAUGACCCAUCCAAGACCCAGGCGCCAGUGUGAAUGGGAAGCUGAAGUCAUCGAGUACAUCAACUAUAUCUCAGAGAAGACACGAAUACGAUCAGCGAAAUCACUCAUGCGACCAUGCCUGGACAGCAGGAUUCCAAUACUUGGCCCUCACUUUUUGCCACCAUCCUAUCUCCAUGCCCGAAAGCGCAAUCAGUCCGAGCCUCCAGUUAACCCAGAGGUCUUGUACUUGAAGCCUCUUCGCGUUGUACAUCCAUUCUACCACCCCGAGCUUGCAAGAUGUCCGCGGUGCAAUUGUACAGAUGGUGUUUCGUGGGACGGGUGGACUGGGACCGGUCCUCGAGAUGUCCAUGGAUUAAUGCUUGAUGAGGCAGCGAUAGGCAUGCAGCUCCGCUGCGAGACUUGCAAAAAUGAUCCGUCAAGCAAGAAGGGUCUAGAAAGCGAGUGUGAGCGUGACAACAGGAAGAUGAUCAAAGGACACUGCUUCGCAACAACAAGCCAAGACUUCUGGCGCAAUUGGUCCCACUGGUCCAUUCCAGGUGAGCUUGAUCGAGUUUGGCAAUAUUUUUCUACAGAUGUGCUGUUACUCGCGAGUUGUUUGAUCUAGUUAUUGAGUUACGCCCAUCAUCUACAGCGGGAACUCUCACU